AUGUACUUCUCCAAGAGCACCAUCAUUUCUCUCGGCCUUUUGGCUACUGCUGAGCUCGUGGCUGGCCACGCUGCCAUCAUUGGUGCUACUGGUGACGCUGGUGGCCAGGGAUCUGCCAUUGGCGUUGACCCUCAGACUCCCCGUGACGGCACGAGGCGCCAACCUUUCCAGCAGGACUCUACCCGCUUCAGGAACGAGAAUGCCGACCAGUGCGGUGAGACCCUCGGUGGAGGUGCCAACGAUGUCGAGUCUGGCACUGCUCAAGUCAUGGCACAGAACGGCAACACUCUUCCUCAGGUCACACCUGGCGGUGAGAUCUCCAUGACCCUUCAUCAGGUCAACGGUGACGGUGCCGGUCCUUACACUUGCAUGAUCGACUCUACUGGUACUGGUACACAGUGGACGCCCAUCCAGGUCACCCAAAACAUCGACGGUAACGCUCGUGGCCGCAACAACGACCAGCAGAUGCAGGAUUUGCCUCUCACUGCUGCCAUCCCUGCUAACCAGCAGUGCACUGGUACCGUUGCCGGGCAGUCCAAUGUCUGCAUGGUCCGUUGCCAGAACCCUGCCCGUGCUGGUCCCUUCGGUGGAUGUGUUCCUGUCCAGAUGGCUGGUGCUGCUGCUCCCGCCGCCAAUGCCAAUGCUGGAAAUGCUAACGCCAACACUGGCAACGCAAAUGCCGGCAAUGCCAACGCCAACACUGGCAACGCCAACACCGGCAAUGCCAACACUGGCAAUGCUAACACUGGCAACGCAAACACCCAAGUUCCCGCCACCGGCAACGCCAACACCGGCAACAACGUCCAGCAAGCUCCCGCCACUGGCAACGUUGGCAAUGCAAAUGGCAACCUGAACGGCCAGGCCAACGCUAACACCGGAAACGCCAACACCGUCCCCCAGACCGGCAACACUGGCAACGCAAACACCCAGAACACCAACGGCAACGUUGGUGCCACCACCGGUAACGCCAACACCGCCGGCACCCCCGCCCUCACCAACGACGACCAGCAAGAAGAGCUCGGCACCAACGGCCCCAUCGUCACCGACGAUGACCAGGAGGAGGAGGUCGAGCUCCUUGAGGGAAGCUUCGCCCGGCGGUGGGUCGUUCCCUCCAACUAA